AUGGGGCAAAAACAAUCAAGUCAAGAAGGAAAUAAGAAAGAUGACAAGACCAAACGAAGAGAAUUCGAUCCCCCAGUGCCCACCAGAAUGGGUAAACACAAGCGGUCGAAGGGCCCUGAUAGUGCCAACAAGUUGCCUCAGGUUACCCCGCAUACGCGAUGUAAACUUCGACUGUUGAAAAUGGAACGAAUAAAAGACUUUCUACUCAUGGAAGAAGAAUUUAUUAAGAACCAAGAAAGGUUAAAAACAGACGAAGAACGUCAUGAGGAAGAAAGGUCAAAAGUAGAUGAUUUACGUGGCACACCUAUGUCAGUGGGAACUUUGGAAGAGAUAAUUGAUGACAAUCAUGUUGUUGUAUCAACAUCUGUUGGUAGUGAACACUAUGUUAGCAUACUUUCUUUCGUCGAUAAGGGUAUGUUGGAGCCUGGAUGCUCUGUAUUAUUAAAUCACAAGGUUCAUGCUGUUGUCGGUGUUCUGACAGAUGAAACUGACCCUAUGGUGACAGUCAUGAAGCUAGAAAAAGCACCACAAGAAACUUAUGCGGAUAUUGGUGGGCUUGAUGUACAAAUUCAAGAAAUAAAAGAGUCGGUUGAACUACCUUUAACGCAUCCAGAACUUUAUGAAGAAAUGGGCAUUAAACCCCCAAAGGGUGUAAUUUUAUAUGGCGCACCUGGAACAGGCAAAACGUUAUUGGCUAAAGCGGUUGCUAAUCAAACUUCAGCUACUUUUCUACGUGUCGUCGGUUCAGAAUUAAUCCAAAAGUAUUUGGGUGAUGGACCGAAACUAGUUCGUGAAUUGUUUCGGCUGGCAGAGGAAAAUGCACCUAGUAUUGUAUUUAUUGAUGAAAUUGAUGCGGUCGGGACGAAAAGAUAUGAAUCCAAUUCAGGCGGUGAACGUGAAAUACAAAGAACUAUGUUAGAAUUACUCAACCAGUUAGAUGGUUUCGAUUCUCGAGGGGAUGUAAAAGUUAUUAUGGCUACUAACAGAAUCGAAACAUUGGAUCCUGCACUAAUCAGACCUGGCCGAAUCGAUCGCAAAAUUGAAUUUCCUCUGCCUGAUGAGAAGACCAAGCGUCGGAUUUUCAGUAUUCAUACAAGCCGCAUGACCUUAGCAGAGGAUGUAAAUCUAGAAGAAUAUGUUGCUUCUAAGGAUGAACUCUCAGGUGCAGAUAUAAAGGCUAUCUGUACUGAAGCUGGUUUAUUGGCUCUAAGGGAAAGACGUAUGAAAGUUACUGACGAGGACUUCAAAAAGGCGAAAGAAAAUGUUCUUUAUAGAAAAAGUGAAGGAACACCUGAAGGUCUAUAUCUUUAA